AUGGCAUCCCCACGUUUGUCAAAUGCCCUACAAAAUCCUCAGCUUCGAGGUGCUUCUUAUGUAUCCCCGUUGCAAAGGCCAGGCUCACCUUAUGGUCCAGAAGUGGCACAAUUUGGUGAAAUCCCUGAACAGCCAUCCCUCUCUGCCCCCUAUGUUUAUGAAAUGGAUGGAUUUGAACAAAUUCCGGGUCAGUCAGCUUCACCUUUGCUGUCCAGUGCUAUUCACAAUCCACAAUUACGUGGUGCAACGUACAGAUCACCUCUUCAGAGACCACAUUCCCCAUACACUCAGGUGCUGGCAGGCUCUGAUUAUAUUGAAGAGCCAGUUUCUGGUCCGAUUCUCUCCAGUGCUCUUCAAAAUCCAAAUGUCCGCAAUGCUUCUUACCGAUCACAUUUACGCCGUAGGAGAUCCAGUGUUCCCCCUGGCUAUGGUCCAACAGGAUCUCCAGUUCUUUCAACAGCUUUGCAGAACCAGAAUAUUCGUAAUGCAUCAUAUCAAGCCCCUGGAAUGGUCUCCCCUUAUGCACCUGUCCCAGGCUAUGGACAAGACCCAAGGAAGUCUCCAGUUCUGUCAUAUGCAUUACACAACCCCCAAAUUCAAGGUGCCACAUACCAGCUAUCUGAUGGGGCAGUGCUUUAUGGUAAUCAGGUACUAAAUGCAAACUCUUCCCCAGUGCUUGCUAAUGCUAUUGGAAAUUCACAGCUUCGGAAUGCUUCAUAUAGACUCCCUUCUGGGUCCAUGAUGGGCAUGGACCCACGACAGCAACAGUCUUUCUCUCCAAACCUCUCAAAUGCUUUGCAGAACCAAAACAUAAGACGUGCCUCUUAUAGACUUCCAGAUGGAACAAUAAUGUACCCAGACUCUCAUCUCCAGCAGCCUUCAUCUCCAAAUUUGUCUAAUGCCUUACAGAAUCAAAAUCUUAGGAAUGCAACCUAUAGACUUCCAGAUGGAACAUUGAUGUACCCAGACUCUCAUCUCCAGCAGCCUUCAUCUCCAAAUUUGUCUAAUGCCCUACAGAAUCCCAAUCUUAGGAAUGCAACUUAUAGGCUUCCAGAUGGAAGCAUUGUCACUGCACCAAAUCAACAACGCCAAACCUCACCAAACCUAUCACGUGCACUUCAGAAUGAUAACAUUAGAAAGGCAUCAUACAGACUUCCAGAUGGAACAAUAAUAAUGACGGAUCAGCCAAUAGAACCAACAUCACCAAAUCUGGCCAAUGCACUCCAAAACCCCAACCUUCGAAAUGCAACUUACAGAUUGCCAGAUGGCACUUUAAUAACUGCAGACUAUGGGCAGUCCAAAUCUACCUCACCAAAUUUAGCAGGGGCACUCCAGAACCAGCAAAUGAGAAGCGCCAGAUACCGUUUACCCGAUGGAUCAGUUAUACAUGGACCAGGUUACCAAGAUGUUAAGUCUCCUAAUUUGUCAAGGGCUCUGCAGAACCAGAAUAUACGAAGUGCUACCUACAGAUUACCUGAUGGUUCCAUAAUAAGUGCUGAUGCAAAUUAUAAACCUUCAAACCCUACUCUGCUCUCUGCUCUUAAUAAUGACAAUUUGAAAAAUGUCUCAUAUAGACUUCCAGAUGGAUCAGUCAUUUCACAAGCUCUGUACAAGCCAAGCAGUCCGAACCUUUCAAAUGCUUUGCAGAAUGACAAUCUUCGCAGGGCUAAUUAUCAGCUACCAGAAGGAUCCUAUCUGUCAGCGGAUCCAAGAAGACAUAUUACUUCUCCGAACCUCUCACAGGCACUUCUAAAUCAAAAUCUUCGUCAAGCCAAAUACAGAUUACCUGAUGGGUCAGCCCUCACUCAGGGGUUUGAUGUCCCCACUUCACCGUAUUUAACGGAUGCUCUGAAAAAUCCUAAUUUAAGGAAAGCCUCUUACCAGCUACCUUCAUCGAUCUCCACGCAUAUGACAUCAUCUGGACAGGUGGUUAUUGGGCCAGAUGGCCGUUAUACUGUGGUGUCACCGCAGCGAAAAGGGCCGGGUGGGCCCGAAGAGCACUGGGCUCAUAAUGCCAGAGAAGGGCAAACAGCAGAGGAUGUAUGGGCUUCAGAAAAGGUCUUGCCUCAGGACACAGUGCAGAACCUCAUCAAAUGGUCAAUUUACCGUGAUGAGAAAAUGAUGGAAUUUCUAACCCCUCCACCCACUGGUCAUAGACCAGGGGAGACAGACCUGCAGUGGGUACCAGAUCGGGAAGGGGAGCCAAUAGGCCGGUGGUAUGACAAGAUGUAUUCCAUCAGGAGCUUGCCAACUGUGAGAUACAGGGAGAAAAGGGCAGGUGAUGGAGCUGAGGAUAUGACACAAAUGGAAGAGCUGACUGAGGCAGCAGUGUUGAUAAACCUGAAGAUUCGCUUUGACCAAGUUUCUAUCUACACUUACAUUGGCAGUAUUCUGGUAUCGAUCAAUCCAUACCAGCUGUUUAACAUCUAUGGCACAGAUGUGGUUCUUCAGUACGAAGGUCAUGGCUUAGGAGACAACCCACCUCAUUUAUUUGCCAUCGCAAACAUCGCCUAUACGACAAUGAUGGACCUCAAACAAAACCAGUGCAUCAUAAUCAGUGGGGAAAGUGGUUCUGGUAAGACAGAGGCGACCAAACUGGUUUUAAGGUACCUCACGGCUAUUCACCAUACGAGGAACAUUACACAGCAGAUUGAGAUUCUGGAGGCAACUCCUCUGUUAGAAUCCUUUGGGAACGCAAAGACGGUUCGAAACGACAACUCGAGCCGCUUUGGAAAAUUUGUGGAGAUCUUUAUGGAGGAAGGGAUAAUCAGUGGUGCCAUAACCUCACAGUAUCUACUAGAGAAGUCCAGGAUCGUUUUUCAGGCCAAAGAUGAGAGAAACUACCACAUCUUUUAUGAGAUGCUGGCUGGACUUCCUACGCACUUGAAGCGAGCCUUCUACUUACAGGAAGCUGAAACGUACUUUUACCUGAAUCAGGGUGGUAACUGUGUGAUCAUUGGAAAAGACGAUGGAGAUGACUUUAGGAGGUUACAGAGUGCCAUGGACAUUCUCAACUUUAGUCUUGAGGACCAGGGCAGCAUUUUCAGAGUGCUGUCAUCCAUUCUGCACCUGGGAAAUGUAUUUUUCUAUAGAGUUGAGUCAGAAGUACAGGAGACGGCUGGUGUUGUCAGCACUCAGGAGAUUCGCGCAGUGGCCGAUCUGCUGCAGAUUUCUCCAGAGGGUCUACAGAAAGCCAUCACCUUCAAAGUGACGGAGGCAAUGAGAGAGAAGAUAUAUACACCGCUCACAGUAGAAAGUGCUGUGGAUGCCAGAGAUGCAGUUGCCAAGAUCCUUUAUUCCUUGCUUUUUCAUUGGCUGACGGAACGUAUCAACGGACGGGUUUACCCAAGAAAUGAAGCACUGUCCAUAUCUUUGCUGGACAUAUACGGGUUUGAGAGUUUGACGUUUAACAGCUUUGAGCAGCUCUGUAUCAACUUUGCCAAUGAAACGCUCCAAUUCUUUUUUACCAAAAUAAUUUUCAAACAGGAACAGGAGGAGUACAUUAGAGAACAAAUUAGCUGGAAGGAAUUGAUGUUUACCGACAACCAGGCAUGCAUAGACCUUAUUGCUACAAAGCCACAUGGGAUACUUCGCAUCCUUGAUGACCAGAGCUGCUUUCCACAGGCCACUGACCACACUUUCCUUCAGAAGUGCCACUAUCACCAUGGAGAAAGCCCCCUGUAUUCCAGGCCAAAAAUGCCACUUCCGGAAUUUACUGUGAAUCACUAUGCUGGUCGUGUAACUUACCAGGUACAGAAGUUCCUAGAUAAGAAUUACGAUCAGGUCCGACAGGAAGUACUGGAACUGUUUAUGCAGAGCCAGAACCGAAUGGUGUCUAAUCUCUUCAUAAAGCACGCUGAGAUGCUGAACCAACAGAAAGGUGCGAUGAACCGCAGCAGCACGAUAACCCGGAGAUAUCAGCCAUCAACUGUGGCUGCCAAGUUUCAACAAUCGCUACAGGAGCUCUUAGACAAGAUGGAAAGGUGCAACCCAUUUUUCGUGCGAUGCAUAAAGCCAAAUAAUAACAAGGAACCUGGUAUAUUUGAUCCCGAAUUGGUUGCUACUCAACUCCGAUAUUCAGGAAUCCUGGACACUAUCCGCAUCAGGAAGGAGGGCUAUCCAAUCAGAGUGCCUUUCCAUAAAUUCUUAAACAGGUACAAAGGCCUUCUGGGAAUGAAGAAGCCACCACCUCCAGAUGGGGACAAUUGUGUGAUUAUGCUAAUGAAGCUCAGCCCAGUCAACAAAGGGGAUUAUCAAGUGGGCGUGUCAAAACUCUUUCUAAAAGAGGAUGUUUAUCAGUUAUUGGAGAGUAAACGUGAUCGCAUGAUGCACGUGGCUGCGCUCACCCUUCAGCGCUACGUAAGGAUGUAUUUGACCCGCAAAAAGUUUCUCAAGUUCCGUCAGGACAUGACAUACCUGCAGGCCCGCUGCCAGGGUUACCUGCUCAGACGGCGGUUUCUGCGAAUGCGUUUCCACCUGAUCAAGUUCCGCUCACCGGUCAGGCUCAUCACCAAUCGCAGAAGAUACAUCAGGGACCAUCUCCUCAUGGCAAGAAGAGCAGAAGACGAGAGGAGAAGAAUUGAACUGGAGCGAAUAAGUAGGGAGGUGGUAAAUGUCUCUCAGCUGGUGAUUCCUGCAGAGUUGGGAGGAUUGUUAAAAGCCACAGCAGCCGGUAGGGAGCGUCAUUCGAAUUGCUUGGCUCUCGUUCAGGCUCAUAGAAUACAAGCAGACCCUCAGCUUACUCUUCCAUUGGACAUCAACAACCAUCUGAUGACCAAAUAUAUACGGACACAUUUCAGGGAGCUGCAGUUCGGGAUGCUGACGGCACCGUUGGAGAAUUCGCUGACGCGUCUGGAAGAUGAUCUGAAACAUGAUGCUCUUGACGUGUUUAUUCUGAUCUUGCGUUUCAUGGGGGAUCCAAACCUGAAUGGUGCUCAAGAAAACCUGUUUGGAAAUUACAUCAUUCAGAGAGGCCUCUCCACCCCACCAAUCAGGGACGAGAUCCUCGCACAGAUAGCCAAUCAGGUGUGGCGGAAUGAAAACACCAGAAACGCAGAGAGAGGCUGGUUGUUGAUGGCCGCCUGCUUGAGUUCCUUCGCCCCAUCUGAGAAGAUGGAGAAAUAUUUACUGAAAUUUGUGUCGGACUAUGCUCUGAAUGGAUUUAAGGCACUGUGCCAACACAAGCUCCUUCAGGCCAUGCAGAAGUCUAAACUGGUGCCCGACGCAUCACGUACAUACCCGCCCUCGCUGCUGGAGUGGACCGUCAACCGCAAGAAAGCAUGCGUGGUGCUACAGGUCUACUGUUUUGACGGUGUGUCCUUUCUGUGUCCUGUACAUUCUUGGACAAAUGGAGAGAACAUCGCAGGAGAUGUUCUACAACACAGGGGCGUGUCUUCAGAGAGCCGGUGGGGUUGGUCCGUUCUGAUGAAGGAGCCGGGGCAGUGGGUGGAGCUGGAGGGUCACGAUUAUGUUCUGGAUCUGGUGUGUGACCUUGAGCUGCUGGCAGACUUCCCCAAACAGAAAAGCUACUUCAUCAUCUCUACCGAAGACCCCAACAAGGCUCGACCUAAUGCGAGCAUAAGUCUGUUUGGCAGUGGAUUCGAUGAUGAGGAAGGGCCGCUAUCAUAUGCAAAUCGGACCAGCGCCGUUGCGACCAACAGUCUACCGAUUUCCGAAAGCCAUUACACUCAAGACUCAGAAGCAUCCUUUGACACAUCUCACAAGGGAAUGGACCGGUAUUUGGACAGCCUCUUUGACCCAGUUCUGUCCGAUGGUGCUGGGGAUUUGGAUGCUUCAGUUUUGUCCGGCCGGAUGAAGGGUGGAGGAGGUGUAGGUGGCGAUGGAGCUCAAGAAACUGCUAGACCCCCUUUCUCAGCUGCUCUUCAACCUGGAGCGGUGAGAGUUCUCCCACCCAUGCCAGUCACUCCAGUCAUGCCCGGGUCCGUGGCUCCGCCCCCUGUUCAAGACCAACAGCAAGCUGUCCUGGCCCAACAACAGCAAACUAUCAUCAACCAGCAAGCUGUUAUAAUGGCUCAACAGAUGACCAUGCAGGCCAUGACUAUGGUGACCACCCCGGUCUCCAGUCCUCCAAUGUCCCCUUUCACAAGCCCCCCAACCAGCCCUCCACCCACUCCCUACAGCACCCUGCCGCCCAGCCCCUACCCCGCCAUCCCACCCAGCCCUUACGCAAACUUCCCCCCGAGUCCUUAUGCGGACCUUCCUCUGUCUGCAUACACGAGUCCCCCGAUGAGCCCGUACCCUGUCGUCGCCUCCACCACUGUCAACACCACCCCUGGUGACUCACAGGGACAGCGUGACACCCCUCAGAAGAGCAGCGCUCAAACCACCCAGUCUCAGAAGAAUACGGCUACAUCAUCAAACGGGUCUUUGGGGAAGAAACAAGCUCCUGCUGCACCAAUUAAACUCGACAACAGGCCUGCCAAAAAACAUGCUCCUGUUGCGCUCACAGGGCCCAUGCGUACUGCCCCUGCUCCUGCCACAGAGGUGGUCAAAUACUCCGUCUCAAACUCUGAGCACAUCGUUCCCAGCCACAACAUCAAAGACAUCAUCAAGCAAUAUCAAACACCAUUCCCAGAACCCGUGCCAGAGAAACCCAGGAGAGAUGGUAAAGCAUUUGCGAAGAAGUUGAACCCGCAUGAUGAAGCCAUCCACAUCCUGAAAACACAGAUCGACAAUCCAUCCCCUCCACAGAGAAAAGCUUCCAUCCCAGCUGCUCCAGUGCCCAGAGAUGGAGGUCUCCGACCGAGCAAAAGUACCAAGAAGAAAGCCCCCGAGCCUCCACUCCCCUUACCACCACCCGUGUCCAGAGAUCUUCCAGUGGAAUCAGAAAGCAUUCAAACACAACUUCACAGGAGCAGCAGUGAGGAGCAUUACACCUACACAAAUGUUCCCUGGAGGAUGUACCUCAGGAAAGAGGUGUUUUAUCCAAAGGACACUUGGAAUCAUCCUGUGGUGCUGGACCUCAUAUUUAAACAGAUUGUUAAUGACACAUUUACAGAAGCCUGUGUUCGCAUUACCAAAGACGAGAGACAGAAGAUGAAAUCUUUGUUAGCGCAAUACAACAUAGAGCCGAACAUAGAUGUUCAAGAUGAGAGUGUGAAGAAGACUGUGAUAUCAGCUGCCAGGGAAUCAUGGGAGAUUUAUUUCUCUCGCCUUUUCCCCGCCUCAGGCAGUGUGGGUACAGGAGUGCAGGUGUUGGCUGUGUCUCAUUCUGGUAUCAAGCUUUUGAAGACAGUGAAGAGCAGCACUGUAGCUCCAGAUUACUUCAGAGUCCUCCGACUGUACAGCUACACAGACAUCUUGUUUGUGACCAUCCCAUCUCAGAACAUGCUGGAGUUUAAUCUAAUGAAUGAAAAGCUGAUUCUCUUCUCUGCCAAAGCGCCUCAGAUCAAACUAAUGAUCGAUCUUUUCAUCUCUCAUCUUAAGAAGGAUUCAGAGUACGUAGUAGCAGAAAGGAACUUCAUCACAGAUGACCGAGCUCUGCUCAGCUUUCAUAAAGGAGACAUCAUUCGUCUGCAGGCAAUGGAUGGAUUGGAGGAAGGUCAGAGGUAUGGAUGUGUGGUGAAAAAGAAGGUCAUCUACCUGGAGGAGCUAAAGAGAGACACACCAGAUUUUGGCUGGAGGUUUGGUGCGGUGCAGGGUCGCAGUGGAGCGUUCCCUAUGGAUUGUGUGCUUCCUGUAGCUGCUCCUGAUUUUUUAAACCUGCCUGCAGAGAGGAGAGACGAGCCGAGAGACAGACAGGGCCGGGUGGCGGCGUCAGGAGCCGUCGCUCUCGCUGUGGGAUCCAUCGCUGCCGCACAUGAGCUAGACCCAUCGCUAGAGUUGGAUUCUGAUGGAUUUGGAGAUUUUGGUAGCUCUGACGUUGAGGGAAACAUUCUUCUGGACAGCCAGUACAACAUGGUGGAGUUCGCCAGGAAAUAUUUCAGAACGUCGAACGGAAGCAAGAGUGACUCAUUUAGAGAUAAGUCCACCAAAAGCAAAGCAACCAAAGACCCUGCAGAGAUGGUGAAAUUCAGCAAACACCCUAUCGUAGAGUCUCUCGUAGACUUCACAGAUCCCAACAUGAACCGCGUCGCAUCUGAUAUUUUCCUAGCCAUAAUGAAGUUCAUGGGAGAUCAUCCACUCAGAGGCCAGUCGGAGCAGUUUGUGGUUUGCACCAUCCUAAAGUUGACUGGGGAAUUUGGACUGAUGAAGGAUGAGGCGUUUUGUCAAGUCCUCAAACAAAUCACAGCUAAUACCAGUUCCAAACCGGACAGCUGUCAAAAAGGCUGGCGUUUGCUUUACAUUCUGACAGCAUUUUAUCGCUGUUCUGAAGUACUGAAACCGUUCCUACUCAAAUUUCUACGAGACGUCUGCAAAAGUCCAGAAGUGCUUUUUCAUGGGAUUGCUAAAGCUUGUGAGCAGAACCUGAGAAAGACCUUUCAGUUUGGUGGCAGGAGUGUUUACCCCAGUAACAUGGAGCUCAAAGCCGUAAUGGCUGGCCGGAGCUCAAAGCGACAGCUCUUCCUGUUUCCUGGAGGAACUGAAAGACAUCUAAAGAUUAAAACCUGCACUGUAGCGCUUGAUGUGAUAGAAGAGCUGUGUUACGAGAUGGUGUUGCAAAGGAUCGAAGCCAUGGACGAAUACACCAUUUUCGUAGUCACCAAUAGAGGUCAGAACGUGCGGCCGCUGAAUAAGAGGGAGUACAUCCUGGAUAUUGCGACGGAGGCGGAGCAAAUAGACAGCAACUACAGCUUCUGGUUCAGACGGGUGAUCUGGGCCCAGCCGCUCAAGUUUGACAAUGAGCUUUGCGUCACCAUGCACUUUAACCAGGUGCUGCCAGACUACCUGAAGAGUCUGUUGAAUGUCGUGCCUCAGGGAAAGAUCAGCGACCAGCAGUUUCAUCAGUAUGCCAAACUCGCUGCUCUUCAGCACAGAGCCAAAGAAAGUCUCUACACACCUACUAUUCAUGAGAUUUCAGAGUACAUCUCUGUUGAGAUCUUUGGCAGACAAGGACCCCAGCAAUGGAUGCAAAUGGUUGCCCAACAUGUUCAGGCGGUCCAAAGCCUGAACCCUCACCAGGCCAGAUCUCAGUUUCUGGGGUUGGUGUGUGCGUUUCCCAUGUUCGGGUCGUCCUUCUUUUACAUCCAGAGCAGCAGCAAUAGCGUCAUCUCUGCACCUUAUCUAGCUGUCAAUCAAAAUGGACUGCACUUCUUACACAAAGACACUCACGAAGUUCGGGUGAAGUUCCCGUUAAGGGUGAUUCAGUCGGCUCAAACACAGAGGCCCAGCACUGGAUCCAGUUAUCCUUAUGUUGACAUCCUGAUCGGGGACUUAGCCAACCACAGAGUCACACAGUUACAACUAGAACAGGGUCUGGAGCUGUGUCGGGUGAUUGCCAUGCACAUUGAAAACAUGCUCUCGGUCCGUGAGAAGAGGCUAACGCUGCCACCCAGCGAAAUUACCAUGCUGUGACAAACACACACAGUCUGUUUACAAUUUCCAUCAUGUCCUUUGUAAUUAGGACGUUUUUCAUUGUCUCAUCUGUACUAAACCAAACCUCUUAAUGCAAUGUUUGCACUAAUCACAUGUAUAGAUGAAUAUAACAUGAAUAAUAUUUUUUGUAUUUAAUGCAUAACAUUUGUACAGUUGGAUUGUGAAUUACUUAUAUUUUGGGUAUCAUCGUACAAAACAACCUCAACAAUGGGUGUUAAAUUGUUAAAACUGUUUAUAUGUUUAUGUAAUCUUACACGUUCCUAUGCACACUUAAAGAAGAUAAGG